AGCCAGGUCAUCUACCGGCGGAAAAAGUCGUUUUCGGCUCGCUUUCUACUCCUCUCCGCGUGCGCUGGAAGAUCGUUUUGUGUUUACAUCGAUUUUUUCGAAUGCUCUUUUCUGCCGCUCUAUCACACAAGUGACGCCAGUGGUGGAACAGUCUUUGGAACAAAGGAUUUCUUGUCAAUUAGUUUUUAACACGCUGGAAAAUUAUUUCUUGGAGAAAGACGCGUGCUUUCGUUACCAAGGUAACCAUACCGAAGCCGCGAAAUGACAUCAGGUUUUAAGCCUAACCGCCGAAAGUUCUUGCUGGGAAAUGCCCUCGAGGCAUGCGGUGCACGCGUUGGUCGGUAGCGAGGAAUUUACCUAUCCUGCUCUGUUCCUGUGAAUUGAUUUGUGAGUGUAUAAAACAAUGUCGAACUUCAAUAUGGAACGGUUCAAGAUUCGUCCCUUCAUUUUAUUGUGUGUGUUAUUAUUUUUUUCAAGUGUGAUUGGUUACGAUGUAUUUGUGAAACCUGAAAAUAACAAACUAGGAUCUGUGAUUUUCAACGCCAGCCUUGGUGCCGGACGGACGUACAGAUUAGAGUCCAAUCGGACUCCUGUUUAUGUGCGACACCUUAUACGAGUGGACCCCAGGAGUGGCGUGGUUGUCCUACGCCGGACACUUCGAUGUUCUACUGCCAGACUCGCAAAUUUGGCUCCCAAUCCUUUCAGCUUCUAUGUUGAAUCCCGUAGUUUUAGGCUGAGUGGUUCUGAUACUGAAUCUGUUAUUAUGCCAAUCCGAGUACGAUUCGGACAUCGGACAUGCCCGAGACAUCAGAGAUCCAAUUUCAAGAAUGUAAUUAGUGAAAAUAUUGUCUUCCUGACUGUUGGCUCUAUCCAAAAGAAGAAAAUAGCAUUGUCCCCCAACAAGAAUAAUCUCCGGAAAAAGGAUAAAAAUGACAUCAUAUUUUUCGGAAAUACUUCAGAAACUUCUGCCUGUUUCAUAAGAAGUCAAUUAAUUGCAGACUUGGAUAGAAUCAUACCAUCAGGAGUGCUUCAUCGAUGCGAAAUCAGCUAUGAACAACCAUCGGAUACACGAUACGCCAUUGAAGUUUUUGGUUCCGAUUUGGUAGCUAGAGAGGACUUUUGUGAAAGCUCUCAAUCCUGGUAUGUUACAUUCUUUUUUACUCUCUCUUGUCCAUCCGUGACUCAUGAUAAAAGCCCAGAAACAACUAGACAUAUGAUGGAAAUCAAUUUUCAUCUUCCUGGAGUUCCUUUUGAUAUAUAUCCUCUUGAUAAACGAAGUGGGCGCAGACGUCGAGAUAAUAGAAAAUCCGAAAAUCAGGCUCCAUAUUUUGAUCGUGCUCUUUAUAUUGUCAAUGUCCCAGAAGAGAAAGAGAAAGCUUAUGUAGUUGCUACAAUGGUGGCACACGACCCAGAGAAAGAUGAAGUUACCUACAGCAUCCAUGCCGUUUUAGAUGCUCGUAGUCAAAACAUGUUUUCAAUAGAUUCAGUAACUGGUAUUGUCACCACGACUGCCAGUCUUGAUAGGGAGUUUAUGGAUGUCCACUAUUUGCGGGUAACUGCCGUGGACAAUGGCAUUCCACAAAAGACAGGCACAACAACUUUGCAAAUUAAUGUUAAUGAUGAAAACGAUCAUGCUCCUUCCUUUGAGCAAAAUAUGUACGAAGCCACCAUACGCGAGUCUGCUUCUAUUGGUUCCACUGUUAUAACUGUCAGAGCUACUGAUCAAGAUUCUGGACCUAAUGCAGAAAUAGAAUAUAGUAUACUCAAUCCUAGUGGGGAAAAUGAUGUAUUUAGGAUUGAUUCAAAAACCGGCAUCAUUACCAUCCGAAGUUCCUUAGACAGAGAAACAACAGCAUUUUAUUCUUUGCUUAUACAAGCUAGUGAUUUAGGUUUAGUUGUAGACAGAAAAACAGCAACCACGACUGUUGAAAUAACAGUGCUUGACGAUAACGACAACUACCCUCAAUUUACAGAAAAAUCAUAUACUGUUGAGGUUUUUGAGGAUAUUAAUUGGUUGAGCAAUCCUGUUAUUGCCAAAGUAAAGGCCAUAGAUUUGGAUUCAUCUGUUAAUGCUGCUGUAAGGUAUUCUUUAAUUGGAGGAAAUACACAAGGGCACUUUGUAAUCGAUAGCUUAAGUGGAGAAAUUACUGUUGUUUCCCCCUUGGAUUAUGAAGCUGCUAGAAGUUAUAGAUUGGUAGUUCGAGCCCAAGACGGAGGCUCUCCUGCGAAGUCAAAUACCACCCAAGUUUUGGUCAAAAUCAAAGACGUCAAUGAUAAUGACCCUAAAUUUUAUACAUCUUUGUUUCAAGAGUCAGUUGUUGAAAAUGUCCCUAUUGGCCAUAGUAUUGUAAGAGUUCAAGCUUAUGAUUCUGACGAUGGAAAUAAUUCUCUUAUUUCGUAUUCAAUUCAAGGAAACCGUUAUCCUAACAUGCCGAUUACCAUCAACAAAGAUUCAGGUUGGAUUACCACUACUAGGGUCCUUGACAGAGAAGAGAGUCCCAUGUAUGACUUUACUGUUCUGGCUUCUGAUCAUGGUUCACCUGUUCGAUCAGCUACAGCCAGUGUCAUUAUUCGAAUACAAGAUAUAAAUGAUAAUGAUCCGAUUUUCGAACCGAAAAUUUAUGGGGCUUCUAUUUCAGAAAUAGAUCCUCCAGGGACUCCUGUUAUAAGUGUUACGGCCACUGAUAAAGAUGAAGAUCCUAGACUGAUCUACCAGAUAACGAAUGGGAAUGUCAGAGGCCGCUUUAACAUCAUUAGUCAAAACAGGCAAGGAUUGAUAUCAGUUGCACAACCACUUGAUUACCGUUUGGAGAAAAGAUUCGUUUUAACGGUCACUGCUACAGACUCUGGAGGUCGAUUUGAUACUGCUACAGUCUACAUCAACAUUACUGAUGCAAAUACCCAUAGACCAAUAUUUGAGCACACGCCUUACUCUGCAAGUGUUGCUGAAGAUGCUCCAAUUGGAACUACUGUUUUGGUUGUGGAAGCUUCAGACGGAGACGUUGGUGAGAAUUCUCGAAUAACUUAUUCCAUGGACGAAGAUGUACCAGAAUUUAGGAUAGAUCCUGCCACUGGAGCAGUUGUCACUACCAGGCUCCUUGAUCGCGAAGAAAUGGCUGGCUAUACAAUUGUAGUCACAGCAAUGGAUAAUGGUUCUCCACCUUUGGCUGACACCACCAAUGUUGAAAUAGAAGUCUCUGAUGUAAAUGAUAAUCCCCCAAGUUUUGAUCCAAGCUCGUACGUAAAUGCUGUUAGUGAAGAUGCACCUGUUGGAACCAGCGUACUGCAAAUAUUUGCCACUGACAAAGAUUUAGGAUUGAAUGGCCAAAUACGAUAUUCAUUUACUGGAGGGGACAAUGGUGAUGGUGCAUUUCGCGUGGAUCCAACCUCUGGUAUCAUCAGAACCAAUCGAAUGUUAGACAGGGAAUCAGUUUCUUUAUACACGUUAGUAGCAUAUGCAGUAGACAGAGGAUCACCUUCCUUAUCGACUUCAGUAACGAUCACUAUUUAUGUUGAGGAUGUGAACGACAAUCCCCCAAGAUUCGAAUCUGACAAACUUCAACUCACCAUUCCAGAAAAUAGUCCAGUCGGCUCUACAGUGGGGGAGAUCAAAGCAUACGAUCCGGACGAAGGCCCGAAUGCAGAGAUUCAGUACAGUAUUGUUGGGGGACCAGAUGCAGACUCUUUCAAUUUGGUAUCAAGACCUGGGGAGGCUGCAGAAUUGACCACAAGAAUCGAGCUGGAUUAUGAAUCCAACAUCAAGAAAUACAGCGUUAUUGUCAGGGCAUCAUCUCCACCAUUAAGGAACGAUGUGGAUGUGGAAAUAUUGGUUACUGAUGUGAAUGAUAAUGCUCCUGUGUUAAAAGAUUUCACAAUAAUGUUCAACAACUACAAAAAUUACUUCCCUGUGGGUCCAUUCGGUAAGGUUCCGGCUUUCGAUGCUGACGUUACUGACCAUCUGAGAUACAAGAUAGCUUCUGGAAAUAAUGCAAACCUUCUCAUCCUAAAUGAAACGACAGGAGAACUCAGACUGAGUCCCAGUCUGAAUACUAAUGUGCCCAUACAUGCCGUCAUGGAAGUCAGCGUAUUCGAUGGUGUGAACGAGGUGCAAGCGGAAUGUCAACUUCGUGUCCGGCUUGUGUCUGAGGCCAUGCUGUUCAAUAGUGUAACGGUACGUCUGGACGACAUGACGCAGACAACAUUCCUGUCGCCUCUUUUUGACUUCUUUGUGGAAGGAUUGGCCGCCAUCAUCCCUUGUCCCAAAGAAAACGUCUUCGUUUUCAACGUACAGGAUGACACCGAUGUUGAAGCUAAAAUUUUGAAUGUGAGUUUUUCGGUGAGGAGGCCGGAUUCUCGAGAUCCGGAUGAUUACUAUCCUCCACACUAUUUACAGGAGAGAGUCUACUUGAAUAGGGCGAUCCUUGCAAGAUUAUCUAACGUACAGGUACUGCCCUUCGAUGACAACCUAUGUGUUCGCGAACCGUGUGUAAACUAUGAGGAGUGUCUGUCUGUCUUAAAAUUCGGAAACGCAUCUGGCUUCAUCUCGUCCGACACUCUGCUCUUCAGGCCUAUAUAUCCAGUCAAUACUUUUGCUUGUCGAUGCCCGCACGGAUUCACAGGCAUGAAACACAAGUACGAAUGCGACACGGAAGUGAACCUGUGUUACUCUAGUCCCUGCGGCCCGAACGGUACUUGCAUACGGGAGGAAGGAGGUUAUACCUGUAUCUGUCGAGAAGGUUUUACAGGUCAAAACUGCGAGGUUAAUUUAUGGGAGGACCGUUGCGGGUCGCACUCUUCUUUGUGUCGGGGUGACUCCAAGUGCAUGGACUUGGGGGAUGGUGGUUUUGGAUGUGAGAAUUGUUCCCAUGCUUCCUGGAGCAGCCGAUUGUGCGAGCUGAGGGCGCGCUCUUUUACCAGGGGCUCUUUCCUGACUUUCCCCUCGCUUCGACAGAGGCACCGGCUACACAUCAAGCUGAGGUUUGUCACUCGUGAAAAGAACGCCUUAAUCUUGUACAAUGGCCGAUAUAACGACAAGCACGACUUCAUCGCUAUGGAGAUCAUCGAUAGUCAGCUUGUGGUGUCCUUCUCUCUGGGAGCGAACGUCUCCGAGGUUUCGGCACAGAUUCCUGGUGGACUGAGCGAUGGUCAGUGGCACGAGGCGGAGCUUUCCUACCUCAACAGAACUGCGACUCUCAGUAUAGACGGAUGUGACGUAGGUGUGGCCGUCAAAUACGGAAAUGACCUCAACUACAAAUGUGCGAACUCUGUGACUCACGAGUUGGAACCUAGGUGUGCCGAUUUAAUGCAGACGUGCUAUCGUUUUCUCGAUUUGACUGGACCUUUGCAAAUCGGAGGACUACCGGCUUUGCCAUCCGAUUUCCAGAUUAAAAAUAAAGAUUUCGUGGGCUGCAUUAUGGAUUUAUAUAUCGAUCAUCAGAUGGUAGAUCUAAACACGUUCGUGGCUGAUAAUGGAACUUUGGUGGGCUGUCCUCAAAAGAAAGGCUUUUGCCACUCUCAGCCUUGCCAGAAUGGUGGUACUUGUGAAGAAGGGUGGGGAUCUUACCAUUGUCACUGUCCGCCCGGAUUCGGAGACAAAGACUGCAGCACCAAUUUAUGGAAACAACUCGAUCGAGAUAUCGAACCUGUGAGGCAUUUCCUUGGCGACGGGUUUCUUAUUUUUACUCCUCAUUUGAGACCCAUACAGACGGAAUGGCCAAUCUCUCUAUCCUUCAGAACUCGCCAAAAGAAUGGUUUACUGAUGAAGGUCCAACUGGGACAGUCGAGCCAUGUUUCGCUUGAAAUUGCUGAUGGGUUCAUUAAAUAUUCCUUCAAUGAUCAGUUUUUCCUGUUAAAAGACAUAACAGUAAAUGAUGGCGUGUGGCACAAUGUCGAAGCUAAAUGGAUGACUGCUGGUGUUUGGCUCAAUCUGGAUUAUGGGCAGUACGAAUCUGUGGAGCGUCUGGAAGGUCAUAUCAGAGGCCUGUACGUCGGAAAAGUAUCUGUGGGAGGUGUUCAACCUUCUGAAGGGCCUGAAAAUUUAGUAUUUUUUAAUGGUUGCAUACAGGAUGUACGAAUCGAUAUGAAUCGAGACGCUUGGUUGAGACCGUCUCUGGAGAGCAACGUGAAAGAAGGGUGUCGAGUGCAAAAUCCCUGUCACGGAAAUCCUUGUCCUCAUAAUAGUACCUGCGUGGAUUUGUGGGGACAUUACAAGUGCGAAUGUGAAGUUGGUUUUGUUGGAGAUAAGUGCUUGCCGGUUUGUGAGGUUAAUCCCUGUGCAGAGGGGUCGAAGUGUAAACCAUCCUCCAAGUUCUCACUGCAUGAUCAUCACAAAUAUGGUUAUACGUGUGAGUGUGAUACUCUGCACACUGGGGAGUAUUGUGAAGUACCCCUAGACCAUCCCUGCCCUUCCAACUGGUGGGGAUACCCCAUCUGUGGUCCUUGCCACUGUGACACGGUGAAAGGGUACGAUGCUAACUGCAACAAGACCAACGGAGAAUGUACUUGUGAGGACAAGCAUUUCCAACCGCCGCACAGUGACAUCUGCUUCGAUUGUGAUUGCUACGCCACUGGCUCCUUCGGCAACAGAUGUGAUCUAAUAACUGGCCAGUGUAAGUGCAGAGCUGGCGUCAUUGGACGCCGAUGUGAUUCUUGUUCCAAUCCCUUUGCAGAAGUCACGCUUAGAGGUUGUGAAGUUGUUUAUGAUGGAUGCCCGCAGUCCUUCAGUAAAGGUAUAUGGUGGGACAGAACUUUGUUCGAUCAAGAAUCUUCUCAUGCUUGUCCUAAAGGUUCAGUUGGUAAGGCUACCAGGUAUUGUGCUCAAGACACAGGAUGGGAAGAACCAGAUCUUUUCAAAUGUACUUCAGAAACUUUCCUUGAGCUGGCUGAUCAACUUGCUGUCAUAGAGAGAGAUAAACUUCCCCUCAGCACAUACUUUGCUGUCAAAAUAUCAUCCGAUUUGCGUUUGGCCACGAAUCUUACUAAGAACCUGUAUGGCAGUGAUAUUCUUAUCGUGGAUCGGAUGCUAUACCAUGUUCUCAAGUAUGAAACUGAGCAAGGUGGUUUAAAUUUAACUCACCGCCAAGACAAAGAUUUCAUUCAGAAUCUUGUGGAAGCAGCUAGCAAAAUUCUGGAGCCCAGGUAUACUGACAUGUGGAAUAGAAUUGCGACUUUUACCAAUGCUGGCCCCGAACAUCUGAUCCUUAUGUUUGAGGAGUAUGCAAAGACUCUGAUAAAAAACCAAGUGGAUACGUUCACUGAACCAUUUGAAGUUACGUCCAAAAAUAUGGUUUUUGGUCUGGAUACCGUUUCCUCUUCUGAGCUUUGGUCAUAUCCACCUGGCUCAGAACGCGCUGCACAUAACGCAUCUACAACACCAGAAAAAUCACAGUUCGUGGACGCAAGUGAUCCUGACGAUGGGCCUUCUGUUCUCAUACCGAAAUACAACAAUUUCCCCAAGUGCAAGAAGUUUACUGAUGAUAUUACGAGAGCAUUUAUUCCUCUUAAAAUUCUCAAUAUCAAGUCAAUCGAAGAUGUGAAAACCCUAAAACAAAAAGGGAUGCAGAUUCCGAAAGAAGCAGCAAUCGUUGCUUACGCUAUUUAUCCUACUGUUGGACAAAUGCUACCGCAUAUUUAUGACUUGUCCGUGAGACAAAGGUUUGGUAUUAUGCUCUCGUCCAAUACGCCCAUGAUGAGUCUUGUAACACAACCGGUUAAUUCAAGUUCAACGACGCAGGAAAAAAAUUCUCCUAAUGUGCGUUUCAAAUUCAAGAUUAAUGAUGUCUCGGAUCAUUCCAGCCCACAAUGUGCUUACUGGGAUUACUCGCAAGGAUCUAGAGGCAAGUGGUCCACGGACGGUUGCGUCACCCUCGGGGCCAAUUUUAUGAGUGCUCAGCCCUACAUCAACUGUUCCUGCUCUCAUCUUUCCACAUUCGGAGUGCUGAUGGAUAUCACUGAUAAGGAAUAUUUUAUGGAAGAAUCGACAGCCCAAGACGUUGUAUCUUAUUUGGGUAUUGUCAUCUCGUUACUGAUGCUUCUCGCUGCCUUCCUCAUCUUCUGUCUGCUGCGCGGCCCGCAGACCAACAGCAACAACAUUCACAAGAACCUGGUCGCCUGCAUCUUCCUGGCACAGCUGCUCUUCCUUAUCGCCCUCAAGCUCAGGAGACCCUUGGUACAGAGAGAAUUUCCGUGCAAAGUAAUGGCUAUCAUGUUACACUACAUGUUCCUCUGCGUGUUUUCUUGGAUGUUUUUGGAAGCGGUUCAUUUAUAUCGCAUGUUGACCGAAAUGAGAGACAUCAACCAUGGACAGAUGAGAUUUUACUAUUCCAUUGGCUACGGUGCACCCGCUAUUGUUGUUGGCUUAUCUGUAGGCGUCAGAGCUGAUCAAUAUGGCAAUUACUUUUUUUGUUGGCUUUCUAUAUAUGAAAGUGUUGUUUGGAGUCUUGUUGGUCCUAUAUGUUUUGUUGUUUUGUUGAAUCUCGGAGUAUUUGCAAUGGCCAUCAGAGCAAGUGUGCAGAUUAAAGACACCAUUAUGGAUUUCGGAAAUUUGAGGACCGUAUUGUGGCUUGGAAUUGUUCUCUUACCCCUUCUAGGAGCAACCUGGGUUCUUGCCAUUCUCUCAGUGAACGAAUCCUUAGAAGUUUUACAUUUCAUCUUCUCGUUAUUUUCCUGCAUUACCGGAAUUUAUAUUUUCGUCGGUUAUUGUAUAAUAAAUAAGAAGGUAAGGCAACAACUUUUGCACACUUGGGCUCGAAUGAGGGGAAAGAAGGUGCCUUAUGACGAAAGCUUAAGUGGGACCAGAACCACUGUGGUAUCGCGUUCUGCCCUAGCGUACCAGAAUUCGUCAUUCGACGUUCUUCAACGCAACAUGGGUAUCUCGACAUCUUCAACGACAAGUCGCUCUACCACAAAGACAUCGAGUAGCCCAUACCGUUCGGACUCUCACCUCAAGAAUACCUCUACAUCCACCUCUCAUGCUGGAUCUGACACCAGAAGAAGGUCUUCCAGGAAAGGAUAUCUUUACGGAAGGCACAGACAUAAGCACCGUGUGGUAGACGAUCCGGACACUGGCGAAAUCAAUCGACAAAGGACUCGUGACUCGGACUCGGAGAGCGACUUGUCGUUGGAUCAUGCAUCACUCGAUUUGGCCUCCAGUCAUUCGUCUGAUGAGGAUGAAUACAAUGGGGACACCUGGAAAAAGAAGGCCGCGAAGAAACCACCUGAAGUGCCACCAAAACCCAAUAUAACUGCUGAAUCAAACUUAUAUGGAACCAAUAUAACUCCUUCGAAGGGUUUCAACCUUUCUCCUGUGAGCAACGUCGCUCCCUACACCCCUUACACAAGUUCAUGGGGUCUUCCCCGCAACAUUCUCCCUUCGACACCUGUGGGGCCCUGCGAAGGAAUGGGUUUGACAGUCGGACUGCCAAUUGCACCUUGGGGGAGAGGCCGAGAAAAGGGGGCACAGCGUUUGCAAGACGUGUCCUCUUACCUGGACCCUAAUUUCACCCCAGAAUUAUUAGAUGAAGUGUCGAGUCCCGAGCAGUUGCCGGUUCCCGAGCGCUGCGACAGUCUGCAGUCGAGCGUCAACAAUGACCUGAAUAUCGUGUCAGCGGAAGAAAAUAAAGAGACCAACACUAAUGUGGCUUCUGCCCUCGAGGGAAAGAAGGUGGUUCUGCCUCAACUUACAGCGGCGGAGGUUUCAUCCGAAUCAGAAGAAAGCAAUGAAACAUCUGUGUGAUAUAAACGGACUCAUGCAACUUGUUGAUUCAUUCUGAAGACGCUACCUACGAAGAUGGGAAGAGAGAUAGUUAUCAUCUUGUAAAUAUUUAUCAUAGAAUUUAACUAAUUCUACUUAAUUUAAUUCAAAGAUUCAUUCCUGCAACUCUGGGCUUUCUGCAUACGAGAGAAAUAUCUUAACAUUUUAGAAAGCAGAUGUUAGUAGUGACAUUUAGAGACAGACUUCAAUACAUAAACAUUGUUAAUUUAAUGUAGUUCACAUUUUGCUAGAAUGCUUUUCUUCUAUUCCCUUUGCAUCAAAAUCUGCAGAAAGAUUGUAUUUUAUAUAUAAAAACCGAAAUAAAAUGUUGAAUUUUGUGAUAUAAAUAUAAGAUUUCAAAAAAAUAUUUUAAAUGUAUUAAAAAAAGUUAAUGUUUGACUAAUCUUCUCACCCUUUUGUAUGUCUACAUCCUAAUAGGUCUUCGCGCAAUAUAUUUAUAUAUACAGGGUGUCCCACAAGGUAUGCAGGUUUAAUAUUUAUAGAUUCUGAUAGAACACGUCAGGAUAAGAAUUUUGAUGCAUAACUCUUGGGGUCCCCUAAUAAGACGUCAUAGUCUAAUUACCCACAUGUUAUACAUUGAAAUAUUCGUCUUAAUGUGUUCUAUCUGAAUCUGAAAAUAUUAGACGCUGCAUACCUUGUGGAACACCCUGUAAUUAAAUAGUUUAGGUGUAUUGCCGCUUUACUGGAUUAAUUUUAAUUUCAUUUUCAUUGUAAAGGUGCAUAAUCAGUGCCAAAUAUAUUUAUAAUGUAGAAAUAUUCAUUUUUUUGUUUCAUUAUUUUAUCAUUAUUUAUCACUAUUUUCUUGACUUUUAUUUAGGAAUCGAAAUAUGCUUCAUGCUGUUGACGAUGUAAAAUGUUGAGGCAAAUUUCAGGAAAAUUUUAAUGUGUGUGGUUGUAUUUAAUAUUUGUAUUUUAAAUCAUUGUUGCUUUCAUUGAAAAUAUGUGUAAUAAAUAUUUUUGUUUCGAAUAGCAAUAUCUGUUAGUUUGUCUAAAUUUUAGCAACUUAAAAAUUUUUUUUAAAGCAAUUGUACAAAUUCAUUCAGUUUUAUGAAUUAAUUUAUCGAUUUUAUUUGCUUUUAACCCAUAAAUAAAUAUCUUUAUGAAGAAAAAUGAGGGAAAUAUCCCCGAACAAAGUUACUUUUUAACUGAUAUGCAUAGUUAGAAUUCUUUAACAAUUCUUUGAAUAAAAGAAACAUUCAAAAAGCAAACAUAUUUAAAUAGAAUUCUUAGUUAAAAUUAUUUAUUAAAAAAUGAGUUAAAUAUUUCUAAAUGAGGCUAAUUUUUCCCACAUUUUUAGUUAGAAUUUAUUAUUACAAAUUCUGAGGGAAAAUAUUGCUAUUUGAGAAUAGAUUUUUACUAACAUUUUUGUCAACAUUAUUUACGUUUACAAAAAAUGCAAAGGAAAAAAAAACGGAUUGCAUUUUUUCUUUAAAAGAAAUGUAGUAGUCUUAAUUGCUGCUUACUCGUUUAUCCACAGCAGAGGAAAAUAAAUGGCUGGGAUAAUGGAUCAAAACUGUUUAAUAAAUAGUAUUAUAAAUAAUCCAAAGAACUAAGUGUACUUAACCAGUUAAAAUGACCAGUGUUUCUGUGUGACUACUUAUUGAUCUCUCUGCAUUUGUCAAUCAAUUUAGAAAUCUGUUGCUUCCUUUUUCUAAUUUAAUUUAUGAUCAUUGUGCCUUUUAUAAAUGCUUUAACAUUCCAUAUGUGUUUUCAUGUGUAUCAUUGUUAAGACUGAGAACAUUCCAUUGUAAAUAAAUGUAGAAUAAUUUCAACAAAGGACGUCUUGAACAGGAUGUAAAUAAGAUCAUUCUGUUUGGACCAUUCUGUCGCACAGAUCUUAUCCAUGUCUCAUAAUUCUGUUUUCCAUUUAUUUUUUGAGAUGUAAAUAAAGCUGUUGGAUAUUCUUA